AUGGAUUUUAUUAUCGACACUGUUGGUGAUACCGACCUUCAAAAUAAGUUUGAGCUACUAAAGGAAGAUGACAAGCUUUUCAUAGACAAGGAAAAAAGAACACUAGCCAUAUUAGACUUAUUCGACAAAACGAAGCAAGAGCUAGAUGGCCAAGUAGUUGCAGAGAAUGCAAUUGAAAGCAAAUUAAAAAAUCUUAAAAUAGAUCAAAUGUAUGAUGACUUUUUUAACGACAUGUUGUGGUCACACUCAUUAUUAGCUGUAAAUAAAAAGAAACCAUUAUUCACAUUUGAUCAGUUAGAUAAGGAAACAGGGAAACUGAAAUCAAAUAUUGGCUCUGUUGAUGUUGAAAAGGAAAUGAAAAACUCUGUUUUAAAGCCAGGCAUAGAAAAAGAAAUUGCUUUGCCUAAAUAUAAUGUUAGCGAUAAAAAAUUAAGGAAGCUGCGAAAGGAAGAAAGAAUGAAAACAAAAGGCCCUGGAUGGUUUGAUAUGAGUGCUCCUGAAAUAACACCAGAAUUAGAGAGUGAUCUUAAACUACUUAAAAUGCGGUCUGUGUUGGACCCAAAACAUUUCUACAAGAAGAAUGAUAUGCAAGUUUUGCCUAAGUAUUUCCAGGUUGGUCAAAUUAUGGAUUCAGCUUUGGACCAUGUUAAUGAAAGGUUAACUAAAAAGCAAAGAAAAAGAACAAUGGUGGAUGAGUUAUUGGCAGAUGCAGAGCUACAGAAGUACAAUAAGAAGAAAUACAAGGAAAUUAUUGAUGAAAAGAGAAAGACUCAGUAUAAGACAUUUAUGAAGGACAAGAGAAUCAAAAAUAAAGCUGAAUUAAAGAAAAACAAAUCUAAAAAAAAGCAGAAUAAAUAA